AUGAAGGAAGAGGAGGAAGAGGAGGAUGGAGCAGAGUCUCUAAUAUCCAACUGUCUGUCUAUGAAGAGUGACCGGUCUAAAGAUGAUCCUCCAUACUUCAGUAAUGAACCUGGACCCUCAGACACAAAAGAGAGGAAGAGGAGGGCUGUUUCUGUGGAGGAGCAGCUGUCCUGCUGUUCUUUGUGUCAUAACGUCCUGAAGGAUCCAGUCUCUACCAGCUGUGGACACUGGUUCUGUAGACAGUGCAUCACCUCAUACUGGGACCAGUCUGCUUCAUCAGGAGACUCCUCCUGUCCCCAGUGUGCAGAAAGAUCCAGAACCAGACCUGGACUGCAGACAGACAGUCAGACCAGCACUGUACAAACAGAAAGUGGUCUGCAGGAGGUUUUAGAUGAACAUCAGAUCAGUCUGAGCAGCACAUGUGAAUGUGUGACUCAAGGAACUGAUGAAGCAGGAAGUAAAAUCCUCCUCAUCAGCAUCUUCACUGAGGUAUACAUCACAGAGGGACAGAGUGAAGAGGUUAAUACCCAACAUGAGGUGAGGCAGCUUGAAACAGCUUCCAAGAUAAAGACCCUCCAUGACGAUCCAAUCAAGUGUCAGGACAUCUUUAAAGUCUUACCUGACCAACAGAAACACAUCAGAGUGGUUCUGAUGAACGGCGUCGCUGGCGUUGGAAAAACCUUCUCAGUGCUGAAGUUCACUCUGGACUGGGCACAGCGCUCCAACAACCAAGAUAUCAGUCUGGUGAUUCUGUUCUCGUUCAGGGCGCUGAACUUGAUCAAAGAUGAGCAGUACAGUCUGAUCAUGCUGAUCCGUGUUUUCUAUCCAACAUUACAGAAGCUCACAGCAGAGAAGCUCGCUGUCUGUAAAGUUCUGUUCAUCUUUGACGGCCUGGAUGAAAGCAGACUUUCACUGGAUUUCAACAACAGUGAGGUCGUGUCUGAUGUCACACAGAAGUCAACAGUCAACGUGCUGCUGACAAACCUCAUCAAGGGGAAGCUGCUUCCAUCGGCUCUCGUCUGGAUAACUACCAGACCUGCAGCAGCCAAUCAGAUCCCUCCUUCAUGUGUGGACAGGGUAACAGAAGUACGAGGCUUCACUGACCCCCAGAAGGAGGAGUACUUCAGGAGGAGAUUCAGUGAUGAACAGCAGUCCAGGACAAUCAUCUCACACAUCAAGACAUCCAGGAGCCUCCACAUCAUGUGUCACAUCCCAGUCUUCUGCUGGAUCACUGCUACAGUUCUGGACCACAUGUUGACUACAGACCAGAGAGGAGAACUUCCCAAGACCCUGACUGACAUGUACUCACACUUCCUGUUGGUUCAGACAAAGAGGAAGAAGAACAAGUAUGAUGAGGGACAUGAGACGAGUCCACAGGAGGUGACGGAGGCUGACAGGGAACGUCUUCUGAAGCUGGGGAGGCUGGCGUUUGAACAGCUGGAGAAAGGAAACAUCAUGUUCUACCAAGAAGACCUGGAGCAGUGUGGUCUUGAUGUCACAGAGGCCUCGGUGUUAUCAGGAUUUUGUACACAGAUCUUCAAAAGAGAGAGUGUGAUCUUCCAGAAAACAGUCUACAGCUUUGUUCAUCUGAGCAUUCAGGAGUUUCUGGCUGCAGUCUACAUGUACCACUGUUACACCAGCAGCAACACAGAGGUACUGAAGAACUUCCUGGAAGAAUCCAAACCAAAGUCUUUCCUCAAGAAGAUUUCAGCUUAUUUCAGAAACAAUGAUAGGCAUGACUCCUCCCUCAGAAACAACCCACCUGACAGUCAUCAUGAUUUUACAUCUCUGGAUAUCUUCCUGAAGAGAGCCAUGGAGAAAUCUCUUAGAAGUAAAAAUGGCCACCUGGACCUGUUUGUCCGCUUCCUUCAUGGCCUCUCUCUGGAGUCCAACCAGAGUCUCUUAGGAAGCCUGCUGGGUCAGACAGAGAACAGUCCAGAGAACAGUCCAGAAACCAUCCAGAGAGUCAUCAUCAACCUGAAGGAGAUGAACAGUGGUGAUAUCUCUCCUGACAGAAGCAUCAACAUCUUCCACUGUCUGAUGGAGAUGAACGACCGCUCAGUACAUCAGGAGAUCCAAAAGUUCCUGAAGUCAGAGAACAGAUCAUGGAAGGAACUCUCUGUGUUCGACUGCUCAGCUCUGGCCUACAUGCUGCAGAUGUCAGAGGUUCUGGAUGAGUUUAACCUGGAGAAGUACAAAACAUCACAGGAGGGACGAUGGAGACUGAUCCCAGCUGUGAGGAACUGCAGAAAGGCUCGACUUUAUGACUGUGGACUCUCAGAGACUCACUGUGAAGUUUUGGCCUCAGCUCUGAAGUCCAACCCUCAUCUGACAGAUCUGGACCUGAGUAAGAACAAACUGUCUGAUACAUCAGUGAAGCGUCUGUCUGCUGGACUGGAGAGUCCAAACUGUAGACUGAAGACUCUGAGACUUUAUAACUGUGGACUCUCAGAGUCUCACUGUGAAGUUUUGGCCUCAGCUCUGAAGUCCAACCCUCAUCUGACAGAUCUGGACCUGAGUCACAACAAACUGUCUGAUUCAUCAGUGAAGCGUCUGUCUGCUGGACUGGAGAGUCCAAACUGUAGACUGAAGACUCUGAGACUUUAUAACUGUGGACUCUCAGAGACUCACUGUGAAGUUUUGGCCUCAGCUCUGAAGUCCAACCCUCAUCUGACACAUCUGGACCUGAGUAUCAACAAGCUGUCUGUUUCAUCAGUGAAGCGUCUGUCUGCUGGACUGGAGAGUCCAAACUGUAGACUGAAGACUCUGAGACUUUAUAACUGUGGACUCUCAGAGUCUCACUGUGAAGUUUUGGCCUCAGCUCUGAAGUCCAACCCUCAUCUGACAGAACUGGACCUGAGUGACAACAAUCUGUCUGAUUCAUCAAUAAAGCUUCUGUCUGCUGUACUGGAGAGUCCAAACUGUAGACUGAAGACUCUGAGAUUGUGGGGCUGCAGGUUGUCAGAGAUCAGUUGUGCUUAUCUGGCCUCAGCUCUGAAGUCCAACCCCUCCCAUCUGAGAGAGCUGGAUCUGAGAAAAAACACCCUGAAGUCUUCAGACGUGAAGCAGCUGUGGGAUCUUCAGCAGAGUCCAGACUGCAGACUGGAGACUCUGAGCUGUGAGAGGAGAAUGAUACUGAGACCAAUGUAA